ACUGGACUAUAGGCAGGUGCCGUGGAGGGAGAGAAGAGGAGAGGAAGAGCCUCCCCCUUUCGUUUCCGGUGCUUGCGUUCCUUGUGUCUCGUCGGUCGUCUCGUCUUGUUUAUAUAUAAAAAUAAGAGGAACUCCCUAGUCCGAGAGUCCUCUUGUGUUACCACAAAACUAGACUGGGCAAGGAAGGAAGGAAAAGAGAGACACAAUCGGCGGCCGCAAGAGCGAUUGAUUUCGGCCCGCCGCCGCGCCUCUCCCUCGUCCGCCGCCGCCGCCGCAUCUCGCAGUCCGCCGCCGCCUCCAAGAGGGAGAUAUUUCGAUUUCUCUCACUUCCAGUGUUAGGGUUCCGCCUCCGCCUGCUCUCUGGUCUGGUAUCUGCCACCUGAUGCGAAUGCUGUAAUGGAUCGAUCUUCAGAUCAUUUCAAUCCACCAGGUCUCGCGGUGCCUGCCGCCUCAAAGUCACGACAGAUGGCCGCAAAUAACAACCCGUGGAGGGGCCCUUUGCCACCACUGCUCAAUGCUCGUGCUGGUUUUGGUGAUACAAGCCUCUUCUCAAGCUCACUGCCGGUUCUUUCUCACGAAAAGUUGAUCUUUUCUGAUUCUGCUCAUGGUACCCCAUCAAUGGAUGACACUUCGGCCAAAAUGAAAUUGCUUGCUGAUGAUCCUGAUGAGAAGGACUACAAGUUUGAUUUUGAUCUUCGACAGAUAGAUGACUUGUUGCCUGAUGAAGAUGAGUUUUUCGCGGGGAUCACAGAUGAGACUGAGCCUGUUGGGCAGACAAAUACCACAGAGGAAUUGGAGGAGUUUGAUGUCUUUGGCAAUGGAGGGGGCAUGGAGCUGGACAUUGACCCUGUGGAGAGCAUCACAGUUGGUUUUGCAAAUUCAAGUAUUGUUGACGGGGCUAGAGGCAAUGGCAUCAACCCUUUUGGUGUCCCAAGCACAGUAGGAACUGUGGCUGGGGAGCAUCCAUUUGGAGAGCACCCUUCCAGGACCUUGUUUGUAAGGAACAUCAAUAGUAAUGUCGAGGACUCCGAGCUGCGAUCUUUGUUUGAGCAAUAUGGGGACAUCCGGACCCUUUACACUGCAACAAAGCACAGGGGCUUUGUAAUGAUUUCUUAUUUCGAUAUCAGAGCUGCACGGAAUGCAAUGCGAGCAUUGCAGAACAAACCUCUGAGGAGAAGAAAGCUGGACAUUCAUUUUUCCAUCCCAAAGGAGAAUCCAUCUGACAAAGAUUUAAACCAGGGAACUCUUGUUAUUUUUAACUUGGAUCCAUCAGUUUCUAAUGAAGAGGUUCGCCAGAUUUUUGGGGCAUAUGGGGAAGUAAAGGAGAUAAGAGAGACACCAAACAAGAAACAUCAUAAGUUUAUAGAGUUCUAUGAUGUAAGAGCAGCAGAGGCUGCACUUCGGUCACUGAAUAAAAGUGAGAUAGCUGGAAAGCGGAUCAAGUUGGAACCAAGUCGUCCUGGUGGAACACGCAGAAACUUCAUGCAGCAGCUUGGUCAUGAUUUGGACCAAGAGGAGCCCAGAAGCUACAGACAUUCUCAUGUUGGUUCACCUGUUGCUAACUCUCCUCCAGGGGCAUGGGCCUAUAGUAGUCCAACAGAUAACAAUAUGCUGCAAGCUUUCACAAGAUCUCCAACAGGAAAUGGAAUGAGCCCUAUCGGAAUGCCUUCACUGAUUUCAAAUGCUCCAAAGAUUGCUCCUAUUGGCAAGGAUAGCAAUUGGUCUAAAUAUGAUCAAGUCUUCUCAAAUGGUAACCAGUCCCAGGGAGCUGCAUUUCAGCACUCCCACUCAUACCAAGAUCACAACAGUGAAUACAUGAGUUCUAGUCCUGGGACUUUAUCAGGGCCCCAGUUUCUCUGGGGCAGUCCAAAGCCAUAUUCAGAACAUUCAAAAUCCCCUAUUUGGCGUCCACCAGCAAUUGGACCUGCAUUGUCAUCCAGCAGUCGCACUCAGGGCCAAGGAUUCUUGUACAGUAGCCGUCAGGCUUCAUUAUUUGGUUCUUCAGAUCAGCACCAUCAUCAUGUUGGCUCUGCCCCUUCAGGUGCUCCAUUCGAGAGCCAUUUUGGCUUCUUACCUGAAUCGCCAGAGACAUCUUUUAUGAAGCAAGUCAGGUUUGGGAACAUGGGUAAUGUUGGUACUGGCCGAAAUGGGGGAGCCCUCAUGCUGGGCAUGGCUGGUCGUGCUUCUGUGAAUCCUGGUUCUUCUCUAAUUGGAAGUCUGACAGAUAACAGCUCUACUAACUUCAGACCGAUAUUGUCACCGAGAUUGGGACAGGCUUUUUACACUAAUCCUCCAUACCAUGGGCCUGGUACAUUCGGACUUGACAACUCCAUUGACCGUGCCCGUAACCGCCGAGUUGACAGUAGUGUGCUGCAAGCUGAUAGCAAGAGGCAGUAUCAGCUUGACUUGGAGAAGAUUCGCAGAAGUGAUGAUACUCGGACAACAUUGAUGAUUAAGAACAUCCCGAACAAAUAUACAUCUAAGAUGCUCCUGGCUGCAAUUGAUGAGUUUCAUAAAGGAACUUAUGACUUCUUCUACCUGCCAAUUGAUUUCAAGAACAAAUGCAAUGUCGGAUAUGCAUUCAUUAACAUGAUAUCACCUGUGCACAUUAUAUCCUUUUACCAGGCUUUUAAUGGUAAGAAAUGGGAGAAGUUCAACAGCGAGAAAGUAGCCUCGCUGGCUUAUGCUAGAAUUCAAGGACGGUCUGCACUGAUAUCACAUUUUCAAAAUUCAAGUUUGAUGAAUGAGGAUAAGAGGUGCCGCCCCAUUCUUUUUAAUCCCAAUGGCCAGGACUCUGUGAAUCAGGAAGCAUUUCCAAUCAAUGGCAUAUGCAUCCACAUGCCUCUGGAAGAUGAUUGCCUUGACAAUGAAGAAGACAAGAACCAGAAUGAGAAGACAGGAGAGAGCUCCACCGAUAUCGGUGGGAGUUUGUGACAUCAGUGAUGAGAGCAAACAGGAUCGGAAUGGCCAUAUAUAUAAAUCUAACUGUCUAGAGAGUAUCCACCCCCAAAUUGUAUAAAAAGCGAGGAAGGUUGAUGGUUAGCGCUGAAUUUUGUGGUCUGGUGUGGCAUGGCACGUCUAUUGGUUUUAGUCGCAACAGAUGUCGCCCCCGGAAGCGGAAGCUGAAGCGAGCGAGUGAGCUUAGAACUGGAGCUGGGAGCUUGCUUGUCGCACCCCCUUCACACUUUAGAGAUAAAGAUGUGGGGGGGAGGGAACCGUUGCUGCUCAUAGUUGUGCUUGAUUUUGGUUGGUUGCUGUAAAAAGGUGAACUGAACUGAAGAAAUUUAGCCAAACUGUACAGUUUAGAACUUUUGUGCUUAUUUCCCUUCUGGUAUGUUAAUGUGCAGUGGUGAAAUUGGGAUCUUGGUCAUGCAAAGAAUUGAUGUACAUGUUCUUUGCAUAAUUGUAAUUUACAACAUCGAAGAAAUCUGACCAAAAUUCAGAAA